AUGUCAGUGGGAAACAUCAGCUUUGUAAAGGAUUUUGUCAUUGUCGGCUUUCCUGGACUUCAGUCUCAUUACUAUGGCCUUGUAUCAGCAGUUCUGUUCUUUGUUUAUGUGUGUACAAUGGUGGGCAAUGCUGUAUUUUUCACAUUGUUUGUAACAACUAAGGGCCUACAGAAACCUGUAUAUUUUUUCAUUAUCAACCUUGUUGUGUGUGAUGUACUAUUCAGCACUACUACAUUACCAAAGAUAAUCAGCAGGUAUUGGUUCCAAGAUGGCUCCAUUUCAUUCUUAGGCUGCUUUCUUCAAAUGUUCUUUGUGCAUUAUUUGGGCACUGCCAGUUCGAAUGUUCUGGCAUUAAUGGCUAUAGAUCGCUAUGCAGCUAUAUGUUACCCUCUUCAAUAUCACACUGUCAUGACAACCAGAAAUGUACUCAUUCUGAGCUUUGUAGCAUGGGUUUCAGCUUAUGUACCCUCUUUGUUGAUGAUCAUUAGAGCGUACCCUCUCCCUUAUUGUGCAGAAAACACCAUUGUACACUGUUACUGUGAUCAUAUUUCCAUUACAACGCUGGCAUGCACUGACAGAGCAUUGUAUGGUUUCCCAUCUUUCGUCACUGCCCUUGUCGUACUGUUGGGGUCCCUUGCUAUUAUUGUUUUCUCUUACUGCUGCAUCUUUGUGGCAGUACUGCGAAUUUCAAGUACUCAUGGAAGGCUGAAGACUUUCUCCACCUGCAGUCCACAGCUCAUCAUAAUUGCUCUUUUUUUUCUACCCAGGUGUUUUAUUUAUUUGUCAAGUAACAUUGGUUUAAAGUUCAGCACUGAUUUGCGAUUAAUCAUUAUUAUGAUGUACAGCCUUUUACCGCCCAUGAUCAAUCCCCUUAUUUAUUGUUGGCGAACAGAAGAGGUAAAAAAGGUUUUAAAAAGACUUUUUCAAAACAAACAAAUUGCCAAUCCUUUACAGUUGCCGUGA